GUUGCUGGAUGGCAUGAUGUGGGUAUGGGUAUGGGUGUAGGUAUGGGUAUGGGUAUGGGUAUGGGUAUGGGUAUAGGUAUAGGUAUGGGUAUGGGUAUUGGUAUGGGUAUGGGUAGGGGUAUGGGUAUGGGUAAGGGUAUGACGGGUAUAGGUAUGGGUAUGAAGUUGUAG